CGCGCGCGCGUUUCGCUCCGCGCCCCACUGCGCGCGCCUCCUCCUGGGCCCUACUGCGCGCGCCCCUGGCCCCGGGGUGAGCGGGUGCGGGGCUGCGGUGGCCUGAAGUCUGGCCCCCGGGGUGAGCGGGUGCGGGGCUGCUUGCCCUGACCCUCGGUGGCAUCUCAGGUUGUGGGGCGAGGGGGCCGGGCAGGCGCGGGGCGGCCGCAGGGCUGGACUUGGCCUUGAGCCCUUCCCGAGCGCCCCGGCGCAAUCCGAGCGCCGGUGAGGCGCGGGCCCGCGUGACGCACGCACCUGCUGGGGCGGUGGCCCUGCGGAAGAGGAGGCGUGAGCCGGGGUCGCAGGCCCGAAAGCCCCCGGGAGCGAACCCUGCCCGCCAGCCCGCUCGCCCCGGCCACUUCCCGGAGGAGCUGCGGGCUCUACCGAGCGAGAUGAAGUAAGCUGCCACCCCCGCCCCCGCUUGCUCUCCAGCUGAGUUAUUUAUAACCCGACGGUCAGCCAGCCGGCCUGGAGCCUGGCCAAGGAGGUAGCAGGGAUCCCCAGGCACUGUGCUCGCCGGAGUCGCCACCCACCCGCCCGCUGUCGCCUCUUAGACUCCGCGCCCGUGCCCUCCUUCCGCAGAAUAAAGGAAUCGCCACCGUCCACAGAGCCUGAGGGCUCGGUGCGGUUUGGUGGCCGGUCACUAGAAGGCGGCCAGGCUCCUCCCAGGGGGCCCAACGCGCCCCAUUCCUUAGGCUUCCCGGAACGACAUCCGAUGCGUGGGAGCCCCGAGCUUUCCCACUGCUUAAGCUUUGGCCUGUGCUCUCGGGUUUCAGACAGCGUUUCCAACACACCACCCAGUGAGUGAUUUUCCAGAGGUAAACCUCGCUGGGUCUCUGCACAGUCUUGAAUGCUUAGCCAGAAACGAGAACUCUGGAGACAUCUUAAGGCUAAGAUCGUUGCACUCCCCCCACCCCCAUCCCCAGAGCAUGGCUCGUGGGGGGUAACAUGACAGAUUGGACAUAGUCUAGACUACGUUCUACAGUCUCUGCAGCGGUGCAUGAUAAAGUCUUUGAGUUUGUGAGGCUAAUCUUUUAGUGAAUUUUGGAAACACCCAAGAUAAGAGUGCUGCGUCUAGCAUGAGCAGAGGAUUUGGGGUGGUUUUUGUUUCGUUUUGUUUUGCUUUUUUCAGUACUGGGGUUUGAACUCAGGGUUCAAGCUUGCUAGGCAGGUGCUCUACUGCUUAAACAGUGCCUCCAGCCCUUUUUGCUGUGGUUAUUUUUGAGAUAGAGUCUCACUUUUUGCUAAGUGGGUGUGGAUCACCAUUUUCCAUCACUACCAGCUUUUUCUAUUGAGAUGGAAUCUCAUAAACUUUUUGCUGUGACUGGUCUCAAGCCACAAUCCUCCCAACCUCAGCCUCCUGCGAAGCUGGGUUGACAAGUGGGAGCCAUGUCUCCUAGCUGUUGAGUAGGGCUUAUUUUUGAGAAUUUUUGGCAUAACGGUUUCUUUGAAAUACAUGAUGGCUCAACACAAAGCCAUAGUGAGUAUAGGCAGGAAUUUGUUUUUACCCAAAGAGUAGAGUUUAAGUUACUGUUAUUCUGUGGAUAGUUCUGGGUCAUUUAAAAGGGAAACCUGUAAGCAAACACAGGGAAAGGGAAAGUUUCCUUUGGUCACCUGUUUGAACAAGGCGAAAUGUCCUUGCUUUACAGCCCAGAGCAAUUAAGCAAAGAGCUUAGGGCAACCCUAAGCCUGAGUUAGAGCUUACUCUUUUUAUUCUUUGGUAUGUAUGUAUUUAUUUUUGGCAGUUCUGAGGAUCAAACCCAGGGCUUCAUGCAUGCUGGCCAAGCAGUCUACUACUGAGCUACAGACCCAUUCCUUAUUCUUUACUCUUCCUGCCACAUGAGAAACUCAAAGGGAGUGCAAAGAUCCCAGCAUCGGAUCCCUUUUUCAUCACUAUGAUUGCAGGUCCAAUAAGCUGUCAUGAGCCAUUCCUUUGCUGCUGCUGCUUUUCUCCUCCUCCUCUGAAUACUGGGAAUUGAACUCAGAGCCUUUCUCUGCCACUUGAGUCACACCCUAGUCCUUUUAAUUUCUUUUUCCCAUACAGUCUCAUGCUCUCUACCUGAGCUGGCCUCAGACUGUGAUCUUCUUUAUGUCUGUCUCUGGAAUAGCUGUGAUUAUUGCUGUACACACCCCACCCUGCCUCCUUAGCAUAUUUUUCUGUUGUGAGAUGGUUUAUUGGUUUUACAGGCAUUCCGAGAAGGUGGUAAGAAGCGCCUUGUUCAUGCUGGUGAUGUGCAGAGGUGGAACUGACACUUUUUGAGUGCUUACUGCUUGCCAAGCAUUUCCAUAAGUGCCAUACUCCCCUUAUCUCCUCAUCGGCUUGUUUUCCCACUCUGUGGUUAAGGUACAAAGGUUAAAUAACUUGUCGGAGGUCACCCAGCUGCUCAGAGACAGGGCUAAGAGUUGAAUCCAAGGCUCUCUCGCUUAGCCAGCUCUCCAGAAACUAACCUGAGGGCCUUCCAGAUUUUACCAGAGCUUUUUAAUGUCAGAAGGAGGGAGGGGGAAUCACUGUUAGGCAAAGUGGAUGUGUGGCCAGAGCAGCUGUGUCCUGGAGCAGAGCUGCUGCCCACUGGCUAGUUUGUGUGAGAGAACUAGCCUGUCCAGCCAAAACCCCUAUUGGUCCAGUCUUGGAGAGGAGCAGAACCAUUAUCUACACCAAGACAGUGAUUACAGUUUUGCCAUUUGGAGAUAUAACCACACAUUCUACAGUAGGAGGGAAGCUAACUUUCCAUCUGGACUGCCAUACUCACAUCCUGUCCUCUCUAAGCUGUCUGGCCCCCUCGGGAAGUUAUUCUGCCUUGUAAGCCUUCUUUCUUCUCUACUCACUGCUGAACAUGGGGUCACAGUAGUACCUACCUCAUGGCUUGUGGUGAGGAUUAAAGGGUAUGAUGCCUGUCAUAGCCUAGCGUUUGGCAUAUGGCUAAGUGCUCAAUAAAUAGCUCUUAUUACUUAACAUUUUGUUACAAGUAAUAAGCAGCUGCUGAUGCCCAAAAUCACCAUCGGAGCUUUUUCCUCCAUGCAGUCAUUCAGAUGUAUUUGUUGAUUUAGUUCCUUCAGCAACUGCUUCUAGAGUGUCCUCUGUGUGCUAGGCAUGCUUUGGGUAAUGGAACUACUUUAGGAAACAAAACAAAGAAGAAUCCUAUGCCUCCUCCCUGACUUACCUUCUGGGGCAGGGGAGGGAAGGAGUGGUGGACAAUAAGCAAGAUAAAUGUAGUUUUCAUAGGGUAUGUUAGAAAGUGAUAGCUCUACAGAGAGAUAUAAGGCAGGAGAGGAGGGCUGAGGGUGUGAGAUGGAGGUGGCUGGUUUACAGUUUAUUGAAGUGCCCUGAGAAAGCCUUACUGAGCUAUUGAUGGCUCAGUAAAGAGCUAAGGUGAAUGAGGGAGUAAUCAGGUGGACCACUGCUGGGAAAAGUAGGCCAGGCAGAGAGCACAGUGAGUACAAAGGCGCUGAGGCAGAAGAAUGAGCAGCUAGAGUCUGAAGAGGGGCAGAUGAGAAGAAGAGAUCAGAGGGAUGGGCAGGAGGGUGAGAUGUGUAGACCCUGAAGGUCACCGUGAUCCCUGAGCUCAGCUCCCUAGGGACUAGAGGUAAAUGCAGGAGGUCACGAGGGAGGUUCCCAAGUAAUCCAGACAGAGACCAUGGUGGAGUGGAAGAAGGUGAUGAGGAGCAGUUGUAUCCUAAAUAAAUUUUGAAGAUAGAUACUAUAGGAUUUGCCAAGAGAUCUGACCAUCCCAAGGUUUGCGACGUGAUCACCUGGAAGGAUGGAGGCUGGGGGAACUGCACUUGAAGCAGGCACUCAGGCACUUGGAAGAUGCUCACAGUGGCUGUGUGCAUGGCCCUUCUGGGCUGCCUGCAAGCCCAGGCACUCCAGGGACAUGUCUCCAUAAUCCUGCUGGGAGCAACUGGGGACCUGGCUAAGAAAUACUUGUGGCAGGGGCUGUUCCAGUUGUACCUGGAUGAGGCAGGGAAGGGCUAUAGUUUUAGCUUCCAUGGAGCCGCCCUGACGCCCCCCCAGCAGGGCCAAGAGCUCAUGGCCAAGGCCCUGGAAUCCCUCUCCUGCCCCAAGGACAUGGCACCUGGUCACUGUGGCAAACUCAAGGAGCAGUUCCUGCAGCUGAGCCAGUACCGACAACUGAAGACGGAUGAACACUAUCAGACUCUGAGCAAGGACAUUGAGGCACAGGUCCAGCGGGAAGGCCUCCGAGAGGCCGGCAGGAUUUUCUACUUCUCGGUGCCGCCCUUUGCCUAUGCAGACAUUGCCCGUAGCAUCAACAGCAGCUGCCGGCCAGGCCCAGGCGCCUGGCUGCGGGUUGUCCUUGAAAAGCCCUUUGGCCACGAUCACCGCUCAGCCCAGCAGCUAGCCACAGAACUAGGAAGUUUUUUUCAAGAAGAGGAGAUGUACCGGGUGGACCAUUACCUGGGAAAGCAGGCUGUGGCUCAGAUUCUGCCCUUCCGGGACCAGAACCGCAAAGCCUUGGAUGGCCUCUGGAACCGGCACCACGUGGAGCGGGUGGAGAUCAUCAUGAAGGAGACUGUGGAUGCAGGAGGCCGCACCAGCUUCUACGAGGAGUACGGUGUCAUCCGGGACGUUCUGCAGAACCACCUGACGGAGAUCCUCACGCUUGUUGCCAUGGAGCUGCCGCACAACACCAGCAGCUCAGCGGCUGUGCUGGAGCACAAGCUGCAGGCCCUCCGGGUCAUACAGGGCCUGCAGAAGGGCAAUGCUGUUCUGGGCCAGUACCGGGCCUACAGUGGGCAGGUGCGUCAAGAGCUGCAGAAGCCGGAGGGCUUCCUCAGCCUGACGCCGACCUUUGCAGGCGUCCUAGUUCACAUGGACAACCUGCGCUGGGAGGGCGUUCCUUUCAUCCUGAUGUCUGGCAAGGCCUUGGAUGAGAGAGUGGGCUACGUUCGGAUCUUGUUCAAGAACCAGGCAUAUUGUGUCCAGAGUGAGAGCCACUGGGCCUCAGAGCAGAGCCGAUGUCUGCCCCGGCAGAUCAUCUUUUACAUUGGACACGGUGAGCUGGACCACCCUGCCAUCCUGGUCAGCCGGAACCUGUUCAGGCCCUCUCUGCCUGCCCAGGGCUGGAAGGAAGUUGAAGACCAGCCUGGGCUCCGCCUUUUUGGCCGCCCUCUGUCUGAUUUCUACGCCUACAGCCCCGUGAGGGAGCGGGAUGCUUACUCCAUCCUCUUACCCCGUAUCCUCCACUGCCAAAAGGAGUCCUUCAUUACCACAGAGAACUUGUUGGCCUCCUGGGUCUUCUGGACCCCCUUGCUGGACAGUGUGGCCCAUGAAGUUCCACGCCUCUACCCAGGGGGAACAGAGAAUGGUCAUCUGUUGGACUUUGAGUUCAAUGGUGGCCACUUGUCCUUUUCCCAGGAGCAGCCUGAGCAGCUGGUGCCAGGGCCAGAGUCUGUCCCGAGGCCCAGUGACUUCCAGGUCCUCAGGGCCCGGUACCGCGAGAGCCCACUGAUCUCGGCCUGGCCUGAAGAGCUAAUCUCUAAGCUGGCCAGUGACAUUGAGGCCACUGCAGUGCAGACAGUGCGGCUCUUUGGCAGAUUCCACCUGGCACUCUCGGGUGGCUCCAGCCCCAUUGCCCUGUUCCAGCAGCUGGCCACAGGGCACUAUGCCUUCCCCUGGGCCCACACACACCUGUGGCUGGUCGACGAGCGCUGCGUCCCUCUCUCAGACCCAGAGUCCAAUUUCCAGGGCCUGCAGGCUCACCUGCUACAGCACAUCAGGGUCCCUUACUACAAUAUCCACCCCAUGCCUGUGCACCUGCAUCAGAGGCUCUGUGCCGAGGAAGACCACGGUGCCCAGACCUACGCCAACGAGAUCUCAGCCCUGGUGGCCAAUAGCAGCUUUGACCUGGUGCUGUUGGGUAUGGGCACAGAUGGGCACACUGCCUCUCUCUUCCCACAGUCGCCCACUGGCCUGGACGGCGAGCAGCUGGUGGUGCUGACCGAGAGCCCCUUCAGGCCACACCACCGCAUGAGCCUCAGCCUGCCCCUUAUCAACCGUGCCAAGAAGGUGGCCGUCCUGGUCAUGGGCAGGACAAAGCGUGAGAUUACCAUGCUGGUGAGCCGCGUGGGUCAUGAGCCAAAGAAGUGGCCCAUCUCAGGUGUGCUACCUCGUUCUGGCCAGCUGGUUUGGUACAUGGACUACGAGGCCUUUCUGGGAUGAUGGGGCACCCUUGCCCUUGUUCACUCUCGGCCUUUCUUUCACAUGCUGUCUUCUUUCCCUUCCUUGUAUCCCUCCUCCUCCCACAACCAAUCUGCCCAGUGUGCUCCUGAUGUCUGGACCUCAGUGCCCAGAGUCAGACCCCAGAGAGGAUAGGAUCAGGACUUGUCCCAGCCCCUUGGACAAUCCUUCCUGUGUGGUUGUGAUGGGUAGAAACAAGGCACAGUGGGGUGGGAUCUCUGCUCUUGAGAUGCUCUUACUGCAGGACAGGAGAGAAAAAGACCCCAGCAGUUAGAAAAUAAGACGAGGUGGGCCAGGGUUGAUCAGGGGAGGCAAUCCUCAAACUACCUCCUGUGGAGAAGAGGGGCCUGGGGUUCUCAUGGGGUGCAGAGCCCUGUGCCAAGCAAGGAGGCUGGAGACCAUCCCCAGACUAAGCCUCCUUCAGUGUGCCUUACUUUAGCCUCUGUGCCAUCAGCUGGCUGCCCAGGCCUUCCAGGUAGCUUCCAUUGUCCAGGGUCCUCUGCCCUUUGGGUUUUCAGUCCCUUCACUGAUGCUCUGCUGUAACAGUAACAGAUAUGUCAAAAGGUCCUCCGACACCUAGGCUAUUUGGGAUUCCCUUCCUCCUUGAGAACUGCUCUGCUUGGGAAUCGUCCCCACCUUCCUCAGGGUGGACCCCACCCUCUUCCUGCUCCUCUCUGGAGCAGGUCUCCUUCCAUGAAGCGCAAUGAUAUACAAGGGCCAGGGGACCCCAUUGCAGGGGUCCCUAGUUUGAGAGGGUCACUUACACACGGGACCCUUCAGUGGGUGUUUUCACUUCAUUUCCUCAUGUUUUACCAUAAAUCAUUCUCUGAUGGAGGAGGAUGUAGCAUCAAGUGACAAGCCAUCAGGCCUGCCUGUUUGAGCAAGUGAUGCUCACAGCCUUUCCAGGGCUCGUGUGGCUGACCCCCACAGGCUGCAGCCUGCCUUCCUCACACCACCUCUCAAGCCUGGCAACUUCUCUCCUGCCCCUCCCAGCUCACCACCAAUGGCCUGCCUAAGAUUUUGGGGAAGUGAGUAGGCAAUCCCUUGGGUAGCAUAGGGAAGGUCUUCUGUCUUGAGGAUCUGCAGGACAGUAACAUCUGUUUUAGGAAACCUCCAAGAGGAGGCUCUGAAAUUCUUUUUAAGAAGGCCAACAACAAAAAGUAAAAUUCCUUGGCUGAGUAUGGUGGUUCGUGCCUGAAACCCCAGCUACUGGGAAGGUGGAGAUCAGGAAUAUCACCAUUCCAGGUCACCGCACAAAAGUUAGCAGGAGCCCAUAUCAGCAAACAAGCCAGUCAUGGUGGCUCAAGCCUGUGAUCUUAGCUAUAAGGGAAACAUAAGUAAGAAGGGCUGAGGCCAGCCCUGGGCAAAAACAUAAGAUCCUAUCCGAAAAAUAACUAAAACAAAA